UAGCCCCUCCAAAAUUCCUUAGCAGUUCGGGAGAGAUGCCGAACGCCGCCAUGGCCGGCACCAAGUUCUCGUCGUACCACCUCGCCGCAGCGCUCCGACGCGAGCGCGACCCCUCCGCCGCGCUCCGCCUCUUCCUCAGCCCGCCGACCACCCCUGUUUCCACCCCGUUCCGCUACUCCCUUCGCUGCUACGACCUCAUCAUCUCCAAGCUCGCCGCCGCGCGGCACUUCCCGGCCAUGGAGUCCCUCCUCUCCAGCCUCCGCGCCUCCUCCCUCCAGCCUCGCGAGCCCCUGCUCCGCUGCGUCAUAUCCGCCUACGGCCGCGCCCGCCUCCCCGCCGCCGCCCGCCGCGCCUUCGCCCACCCCGCCUUCCCCGGCCCCCGCACCACCCGCGCCCUCAACGCCCUCCUGCACGCCCUCGCCGUCUGCAGCACGCCCCUCGCCGAGCUCCUCUCUGUUUGCCGGGACGCCGCCAUCCCUCCGGACGCGUGCACCUACAACAUCCUCAUCCGCGCGGCUGCGGCGUCUGGUGGCUCGGUCGACCACGUCCGCCUCCUGUUCGACGAAAUGCUGCAGCGGCGGAUCGCCCCGACCGUCGUCACGUUUGGCACCCUGGUUGCCGCGUUUUGCGAUUGUGGUCGUCUCGAGGAGGCGUUCGACGUGAAGGACGCCAUGGCUGAGCAGUACAAUGUGAGGCCAAAUGCUCAUGUGUAUGCCAGCUUGAUGAAGGGGCUCUGUCAGAGGGGGGAUGUGGACAAGGCGGUUAGGUUCAAAGAGGAGAUGGUGGCCGACGCAGAUCUUGUGCUGGAUCCCGCCAUUUAUGCGACCUUGGUUAGGGCGUUGUUUAGGGGUGGCCGGAAAGGGGAAGUGGUUGGUUUGCUGGAAGAGAUGAAGGGUAGGGACAUUCAGGCUGAUAGAGUGGUGCACAAUGCGAUGAUCGCAGGUUUCUGUGAGGAUGAGGGCGAUUUGGAUGCUGCGUUCGCGGUGCUUGAUGACAUGCAGAACAGCGGGUGCAAGGCAGAUGUAGUGAGUUAUAACACGUUGGUUGCUGGGCUGUGCAAGUUGGGGCGGUGGCAGGAUGCAAAUGAGUUGGUUGAGGAUAUGCCUAGAAGGGGCUGCCCUCCUGAUGUGGUGACGUACAGAAUGCUCUUUGAUGGCAUGUGUGUUGCUGGGGCAUUUCAUGAAGCAGAUCAGGUUUUGGAUGAGAUGACCUUUAAGGGUUUUGCGCCAAGCAAGGAUGGUGCGACCAAGUUCAUUCAGGGAAUUGAGAGGGAAGGGGAUGCAGUGUUGCUAGAGUCAGUGUUAUGCCGUCUGGCGAAGGUGAAUGCUCUAGAGUCAAGUGCAUGGGAGAAAGCUGUCACCAGUGCGCUGAAUGACCCUGCAGAGCUUAUGACAGAGAAACAUCUGAAUAGUUUAAGAUUCACUUGACUGGGUCUCUGGAUACUUGAUUAACCUGGUUGUUGUUUUGAAAGUAUGAUUGUGCUGUUUUAUCUACUAAGCUACCACUAUGUUGUAUUGCUAGCCAAGGCUACCUAUCAGGUUUUCCUACGCAAUUCAGGGUGGAUGUAGUGUGCAGAUGAGAGUAUAUUGGCGAUAAAAAUACUUCAUACAAGGUUAUAAAAACAUAAAAGGUUACAAGAAUUAGCAAAUGCCAGAAAGAGUAAAGAUAUUGGGGAAAAGACUUGACAAGUGCAACAGUCCUAUGGCUAUCUUAUCAAUUUUUCGCCUUUCAAAACUGAAGUAUUCAGUUGGAAACAGAUGUAGUGAGUAUAUGUUUACCACGUCCAUCUCCUGCGCUCUGUGCCACACAGAAUCAGCUCUGUUAGCAGUAGUUCGCAGCCGGAGCCUGGACUGGACAGUCUCUCCUGUUUAUCUUUGAAAACCCUGGUGUCAUCAUGAAGGUUGUUUUUUUAGGGCCAGAUUUCCUGAACACAAUUUCCUGAAGGACAGAAAACCUCAAAGCUUCUGAUUUUUGUUGUUGAUAUGGCUAGAAAGAAAUAGACUGAGUCUUCAGGCAAGGGGAGCACUCUUCUCCUUGAUUGCAUACAUCUAGGAAGAAGUUUCUGCUUGGAAGGAGGUUCGCCGGUUAAUGUCUAGUUUAGUAUUUUUUUUUUCCUGCCUGUAGUCCAACAACCUCCAUCCGUUGAAUAAAAAUCUAGCACUUGCUCACAUAAAAAGUGAACUUCUGCCUCCGUCCCAUAAUAUAAGAGCGUUUUUGACACUACACUAGGGAGUAUUUGUUUGGCAUAGAACCAGAUCAAGUUUUGUUUCACUCCAGUUUAAACCAUUUUUCUUAGUUAUCCUGCUGUUCCCCAUAUAAAUUCUUAUGAUUAUCGGAUAUGCAAACCUUUCAUAGUUGAUUUCCAACUUCCAAUUUUGAUUCUCUUUUAUUCAUAUACAAUCUACAUGUAAAAUAAAAUCAGUACUGUAUUAAGGUAUGUAUCAUUGGUAAAUGGUAAAGUAAUAUCCUGCACCAUUAGCAUGUAAUUGGAUCAUUAGUCUUUGGUGCAAAGUAUGCCAUGACCUCUAGGGCCAUUUUGUUUGGACUCAAAUGAAUGCUUUUAAUGUCACUUUCAUCAACUCAUUAGCUGAUUCUUUCACUUGUUUAGUAUUUCGUAUUAAUGGAAAUAUGAGGUUGGUAAGCAAUACUCUGAACACACCUGUAAAUUUUUCUUUCUGUGUUGGUUCUAAGAACAUGUCCUGUUCCAGCCUAUCGGAAACUUGCUUGGAGCAAUCAUCCUGAUGUAAACUAGUAAGUUUGGUAAUCAUUAGCUUGUUGCUUUUCAGCUCCUUAUAACACUUUUGUUUCAACAAUGCGGUUGCUGCCGACCAUCCAGAGGACGCUGGAGACACGGUUUGAACUCUGAAAGUUGACUUCAUCCGGGGAAGAGAAAUGGCCAGUCGGUUCAGAAGUUGCAUGUCUAAAGUCAUCGCGCCGAAGCUCCUUUUUUUUCACAAGCGAACUGAAACUAUUCCCAAUCCAAAACAUGUCAGGCUAACUACCCAGGUAUGUACCCAGGUUAUUCUCAAGUGCAAUGCCAAAUACUCUGCAAAUCAUAUAUAUAUAUAUACAUACGAUACGAUUCCUAAACAUUGAAUCUGACAUCUACAAGACCAA